AUGUAUCUUUCCCAUUCUGCAAGUCCAUCCGAUCAUCAAACUAUAGUUGCUAAGUACACGUUCGCUACAGCGGAAGAUAUCAAGGAAGCUAUCGAAGUGGGAUUGGAAGCACGAAAGACAUGGGAGACGAAACCUCUCAAGGAACGUGCCGACAUUCUUCUUCAUGCGGCAGACUUGUUAGCUGGAAAAUACCGAAUGAAAUGCAAUGCAGCCACUAUGCUCGGUCAAGGAAAGAACAUUCAACAGGUAGUUUUCGGUUCUGACUUUGCUGACUUGAUCCCACCGCUCGGUAACUCAUAGAU